UACUGAGAGUCCCUGGGCUUGACUCAGCGGGUGAGGGCUGCUUUAUUGGAGGUGUUACUGAUUGAUAAUGGCCCACAGCUUGUGCUCUGUGCAGCUCAGUCCAGAGAUUCUCCACAGUGAGAUAUUGCUUUGAAGAUGUGGUCAGUAUGUUCAGCUCUACUUCUGUUCCAUACAGUUCUAAGAGGAUUUGCACAGAAACCUGCUCCACCUAAAUACUUAACACUGGACAUGGCUCUUAACGCUGUGGAUGACAUGUACAGUGGCUGCAAAGACCAGAUGGACUCCAAAGUGAGAAAAGAAUAUCUACCCCUGGAGAAAAACAGAGCGCAAAAUAAUUUUACUGUUGCCUGGCGUCUGGCUGAGAAAAACUACAACAAAAUCUGGAAGGGCAAAAAGGGAAAAAGACCUUCAACUUCCCUUGGCAAAGAACAAAUCAUGUCUAUUUAUAUGUAUACCCUGGACGAACCCAAUGUUUAUAUAGAUUUUAAUAACGCCGUGCGCACGCAGGGACAGAAAUACAAGAGCUCUUUUAAAUACCACUCGCUUCACUACUUUCUGACCAGCGCCAUUCAGAAACUUAAUGCGCGCAGAAACGAGGCGGAGCGGUGCGUGACCGGGUUCCGCAGGGUGAACGGGUACUUCCCUCGGGAUGUCCUGAACAAACACGUGCGCUUCGGCUCGUUUACCUCAGCAUCUCUGGGUUGGUACCCCAGUGCUGCGAGAUUUGGGGACAGGAGUUGUUUCGAGAUCACCACGUGCUUUGGAGCGGACAUCUCGCUCUUCUCCAAACUCGGAGAGGCAGAGAGAGAAGUGCUCGUUCCGCCUUAUGAGCUUUUCAAAGUAACACAGAUAAAGAAACUGUCUGAGAACAAGCCUCUGCCCUGUCAGUUUGUCUACAUGCUGAGCAGCACAGGUGUACUCUCCAGACUCAACUGCGCACUUGAUUUGAGCUCAAGUAAUCAUCAGAAGUUAGCCUAAAUACUCUUGAUCUCCAAGUUUAGGGGUAACGUUCAUUGUUAAUUAGCUUAAUAAUGGCCAAGAAAUUGAACCACUUCAUGUUUAAAAGGUACAAAGCAGAAAAUCCUCACAUUUUAAUAAAGGCAUUUCAUGUUGGCGUCAA